AUGAAUCCUUACAACUAUCAAAACUAAAAUACUAAUCCCAUACCCAAUUUUGCAUACAAUCCUCUAUUGUUUUUCUAAUUUAAUUUACCUCAAUAAUAUCUUUAAUAUUGCCUUUAAAGACAUUUAAACCUUUAUGUUAAUCCAGAAUUAUAAAGUAAUAAGCAACAAAUUGAAGCUAUUACAAUUUAUAGCGAUGAUGAAUAACCCAUUAUAAAGCCUAAGGAAUAAAUUCAAAAAGUCAUUCCAGUGACAUAAAACAAUAUAGGAUAAUAGAAGCUUUUAAACCUUGAUUAAUUAGAAUUAUAAGGAAAAAUAUAUGAUAAUGAUUCUAGUGAUUCACCUUUAUUAUAAAAAAGAGUCUAAAAAUGUUUAAAAUAUCAAAAAUCAAAAAUAUAAAAUAAAAAUGAAAGCUUAUAGCCACUUAAGCUCAAAAGGAAAAUAAUCAAACCUUAAAAAUAACCUAAAAGUUCACAGUUAAGUAUAAUAAAAUAAGUUUAGAUUGGAAAAUACCGACAAUAAUAUAAAUUUAAUUAGUCAAGUGUUAAAACACAAUUAAUAAAAGUUUACACAAAAAAUGAAUAAGAAUGUAAGAUUUAUUUAUAAUAUGAGAUAGUGUAACAAUUAAGAGAGCUCUUAUUGAUUAAUUUUCCAAAUUCUAAUGAUGAAGACGCAAUCAAAUUAUUAAAUGUAACUGGAAAAUCAUAUGAAAAAGCAAUGGAUUUGAUUAAGAAAAAUGAAUUACUAGUUUAAUAUAUACUGGAAAGUAAAUUUUUAUUAUUAUAAAUUCAGCUAAUAAAAAUAAUGAAUGUAUUGAGGAAGAUGAUAUUUAAACUAUGAAGUGA